AUGAAUCAAAACGAAGUCAAGGAGUCUGAGGCUCUUCAUCUCGAGGAAGCGCAAUCCCGAGAUGCAAAAGACGCCCAGCACGUCCAUGUGCUGUCUGCAGACCAGGCGUCUAUUCGCCGAAAGUUUGAUCGUCGCAUUUUGCCCAUAGUCUGCAUACUUUAUAUAUUAUCUUAUCUAGACCGAGGAAACAUCGGAAACGCCAAGACAGCAGGUAUAGACACAGCACUCGGGCUCAACGACAAGCAAUGGUCCUGGGUGUUGUACUCAUUCUACAUAUGCUACAUUGUAUUUGAGUGGACCACGGUCUUGUGGAAGAUCCUUCCGGCUCACAUUUAUGUUGCUGUUCUUUGUAUCUGCUGGGGAGCCGCCGCCAUGUGCAGUGGUGCAGUCACCAAUUUGGCGGAACUCAUUGUCUGCCGCUGUCUGUUGGGUAUAUUCGAGGCGGCGUUUGGAGCAGGCGCACCCUACUUCCUAUCGUUAUUCUACCAGAGAGGGGAGCUUGGAUUCCGUGUCUCCAUGCUGCUGGGAAUGUCACCGGUGGCAAACUGCUUUGCAAGUGCACUGGCCUUUGGUAUCACUCAUAUCCGUAAUUCAAUUGCACCGUGGCGACUUUUAUUUAUUAUUGAAGGAGCGCCAACAGUCCUUUUCUCCAUUAUUGUCUUCUUCUUUCUCGCGGACUCCCCCGGAACCGCCAAAUUCCUUACUGAAACCGAACAAACCCAAGCUGUCGAGCGCCUCCAAACCGUCGAUCAGACUGCUAAAAAUCGGAUGGAAUGGAAACAGGUCCUCCAAGGACUGGCAGACUACAAGAACUACGUCCACAUGACAAUCCACUUCUGCUGCAACUACUCAUUCGCAGGCCUCUCCAACUUCCUUCCGACUAUUAUCGAAGAAAUGGGCUACACGUCCGUCAACGCACAGGGACUGUCGGCGCCUCCAUACUUCGGGUCAUUCCUCCUCUGCAUCGUAGCGGCCCUUAUAUCUGAUCGAUGGGGAUAUAGGGGAUUAGUCAUCACUGUCUCUGCGGUGGUCGGAAUGGUUGGAUAUCUCAUUCUCGCCGCGGUGGAGGAUGAGCACAAAACAGGGGUGAGAUAUUUCGGAGUGUGGCUGGCGACCUGCGGAGUGUUUCCUGCCUUGUCCAUUAAUAUCACUUGGCUGUUGAAUAACCAGGGAGGAGAUUCGAAAAAGGGCGCUGGGAUGGCUAUAUUGGCGGUCUUUGGCCAAUGCUCGAGUUUUGUGAGUAGUUCGGCUUUUCCGGAUUCUGAAGGACCGUUCUACGUUAGAGGGUGUGCCAUAGGGUGCGCAUUGACUGGUCUGAUCGCAGUGCUGGCAUUAGGGUUGUAUCUGAAAUUGAGCCACGAGAAUAGGCGACGUGAUCGAGUGUACGGGAAGGUAGAUCCGGAUGUCCGCGUAGAUGUUACGAGGGAUGGCGACAAUCACCCACAGUUCCGGUACUUGACUUAG